UAUCUCUGCAACAUCCAAGAACCUUAUCACCAACUCAUAUUAGCUUUCUAACCUCUUCCGUGCUUUACAUCCCGGGAUUGGUCGAGCUGAAUGAGUAGCGACGAUGCCUAGUGUUUGUUUACUGGAACUUAUAACUCGACUAACUCAACAGUAAGCUCAAGAUGCUGCUGCGUCACUGGCGACUUCGAAGCACCCCGACGUCUUGCCUACGAUUAUUCUCCCAGUCAAGUCGAAGGCAGGAAAUCCGUGAUCUCGCUCAGUUGCCAGAUCGAAUUAUCCCCAAAUACCUCGAGAGUCAACAAAGCGACCUCCUCUCCUUACAGUGGCCCUCUCCGCCACGAAACAUACUCUUCGUCAAGAAAGAUGGUGCACCGGCCGUGACAGAGUCGAUGAUAGAGUACGCGAACUAUAUACAUCAAAAUUACGAAAAUGUAUCUCUGAUAUUUGAACCGCAUGUCGCAACAUCUGUCCAAUCAUCCAUACCGUUUCCAAUCUACACUACCUCCGACAGCUCUGUCCUCUCGAGGAAGGCCGACAUGACAACCACUCUUGGCGGCGACGGCACAAUUCUGCACGCCUCUGCCCUCUUUUCCACAACAACCCAUGUUCCGCCACUCCUAUCUUUCAGCAUGGGCACGCUUGGGUUCUUGGGCGAAUGGAAAUUCGAGGAAUUCAAGCGCGCCUUCCGUGAAGUCUACAUGUCGGGCGCUGCAGCUGGUUCGCACCUCUUCCAGGACCAGCAGCACCCCCACGUUCAAGACAUAGCCGGCGGUGAGACGGGAGAUGUGACCGGCUGGUCAUCUAUACGUGGGAAGUCCAUGGGGACAUCCAGGCUAUCAAAAGUCUUGUUGAGGAACAGGCUGAAAGUAGGCGUGUUUGAUGCGAAUGGGCAGAAAGUCAAUAGCGAUGGUACAGUUGAGAGUGAGGUGCGCGAUAUCCACGCCAUGAACGAGGUUAUCAUCCACAGGGGCGCAAACCCUCACAUGGCCAUCAUUGAGAUCUUCGUUGGUGGAAGAUUUUUAACUGAAGCAGUAGCUGAUGGGAUGAUCAUUGCCACACCGACGGGUUCUACAGCGUACAGUCUUUCGAGUGGGGGUAGCAUUAUUCACCCCCUCGUGAGUAGCCUACUCAUGACACCUAUUUGUCCGAGAAGUCUCAGUUUCCGACCGCUUGUCUUACCGGCAAAUACGCCACUGACUCUGCGGUUAAGCGAGAAAAACCGUGGUCGAGAGUUGGAGGUUAGCAUUGACGGAAAGCGUAGCAGCAUGGGUGUUGCCUGUGGCAUGGAAAUUCGGGUUCUGGGGGAGGAUAUUAAGCGUCCGGAUGGGGCCUGGUCUGGCGGCGUACCAUGCGUGAUGCGGGGGACGAAGAGCGGGAUGAAACAUGAUGAUGGAUGGGUUGGGGGGCUGAACGGGCUGUUGAAAUUCAACCAUCCGUUCGGCGAGGAAUAGAGGAUUGUGACACUACCAUGGGACUCAAGAGACGGGAAUACUCUGGUUUUAGAACUACCAGGCGCUGUUCAGAUUAUCUUGCGAGGUAUCUGUGGACCCCAAUGAGAGAAAGUCGAUCUAUAGGACCUAUGAUAUAACGGCCUCUCAUCAUACGGUGCUAGCAUUUAUAACGCCAAUAUGCCGAAUCUUACCACUGAGAAUUAUGACUCAUUGGUAAGGUCGAAAGGCUACCGCUUAUGCCGUGGGAGGAGACCUCCAAUUCUGAACUUACUUGUGGGAUGUCCUCUGGCUAGUUGGACUCAUAAGAAGUCAUACAUAUAACCCAUUGCAAUGGGGAGAUAAGCAUUUAUUUCGUUAAUUUAGCAGGAGUUUCAGGGUUGGGUGGGAGGCGCAACGGAGAUGAGAAACCCCUAUUUAAUAAUCUCUAUAUAUUAUUUUACCGUGCAUAACAUAUUCCACCCGAAAUUCUCCUCCGUAGAAAAUAGAAAACUAAUGAUUAUUAGUAAAAAAUUUUGACCGACCACAAUCCCUGAGAAUGGUAAUAAGAAGCCAACAGUCUAUUGCAGCAUUUGCUCAGAGCACAGGGCUACAGGGUUAGAUCCUGCGGCGGAAACAUAGGUCGAUAGGACCAAGCUCGCGAAUGGCGUG